AUGAUUCAAUCCUAAGGCUAAAUUCGAACUUAAUAAGCCGGCUUAGAAGUUAAGUACCAUAAAUUUUAACUUAGUAUUCCAAUGAGGUAAAUCGAAUAUGUUUGUUCAAUUUUGUGUGCUAAUUAUACAUGCUUAUCUUUAGUUUAAAGCUCAUCUGGUUAUUCGAUUCGAAAUAUAUAAUAAUGUUCGCUUGGUUUAUGGAUUUGGUUACUUUUAUUGUUGUAUUGCUCGACAAAAACAUAUCCAAGGGAGUCUCCUGUGUCCAUUUUUUGGAGAAAGUGCUGAGUAUUUCAUUUAAAGUAAAUUUCACAAUUUUUUAUGAUCACAGUAGUUAUUCAUUUUGAAGUUAUGGAGAUUAAUUUAUUUUACAUUCCCAUAAUGUAGAUAGUUGUGAUUAUCGGAUUAUUUCUCUAUUAGGUUCUGCAAUAAGAUCAAUCCAAAAGGAAACAUUAUAUAGUAUAAUAUAACUCUAUUAAGAUUGCUCAUUCCUAUGGGAUCCUUUAUAUCUCAUAAUUGUUAUUACUGUCCUUGAAGUGGAACUCCUUUUUCUAAUACUCCUAUUACCAAACUUUCAUCAUCGCUUGGACAGCCUUGGGAGUGAACACUUUUUUGAUUGUCCUACUGCUUAUUACUUUAGUAGAGAAUUGUUUCAUCAAAGACAUACCUGAAAUAGAUGGUACAACAUUAUUAAAUCAAGGAUCAAUCAUUUUAUGGCUGAUAUACUACAUCUUUGGACUAACCGUAAUACCAUUCUUCCUUCUGAAAGAGAUCUGUGAAUUUUAUGAAAAAGAUACAAUCCUAAUUAACAUUAAGAUAGCUGGAAUAGCUAUAUUGAUAUCCCUAAUCCUUUACAUGAUCUCCUUUCUAUUCUUUACAAAUAAAGUCAGGAAACAAUUAAUGUAAUUCGCAUUUAAUUAUUAAAAUAGAAUUGUUUUAUAAUUGGAAGGUAGACAGACUCAUGCGGAAGUAAGAUCUCCAAAAUCUCCCAAAUCUCCAGAACCUGAGUCACCAAAACCCAAAUGGUCUAAGCUCUAAAUUCCAAUUCUAUUUAUUAGGGUUUCUGCUUCCUUUUAUAAAUUAAUAACAAGAAAGACAGCGAAUGAAAUAAAUAAUAGAAAUAUUAGUUCAAUUCCAAUAUGUAGCGAUGUUUUAAGACCUGAUUCUCUUAAUUUUAGAUAGUCUCCCUGUUUGACGAUGAUAAGAUAAAUAAAAUCAAUCCCAAGAGAUCAAGACUCAUGUGAUAUUUGUUUAAUUUGCUUUGAAAAUGAACCAGAUAUUGUUUUAUAUCCAUGCAACCACGGCGGUAUUUGCACAGGUUGCUCAGAAAAUCUUAUGAAGACAACCAAGUAAUGUUUCUUAUGCAGAACUGACAUAAAGUACACUUUCAAAAUAAACCAAAAAGUAGGAGAAAUCUUAGAAGUCACAGAUGUAUAAAAAGUUUGA